CUGAUAAUGGCUGCCUCAAGCGUAACCAACACACUCGGGGACCUCAACAAGGACUCCUUUGUAUCCCUUCUCUCGAAGCUGAUCGGCGAGUCGAAGCACGUGCAGAACAACCCGCCGGAGCUCAUCCCGGAGGAGGACAGGAUCGUGGGGCACGUGCUCGAUGUUCUCCGCCCGUUCAGCACCGCAAACGGCGGCCCGCUUGUUAUCAACCACGUCGCCUACAAGCCCCGAAGGGGAAAUCUCAUCGUGGAGUACCCUGGAACUGAGCCCGGGAAAGUAUUGUCGUUCGUUGGGAUGCACAUGGAUGUCGUCACGGCCAACCCUUGUGAUUGGGUAAAUUUUCUGAUCACUCGUUUCGAUUCUGUAAUCUGGAAUUUUGAUUCACUGUUGAGUGUGAUGUUGGCCACCCGUGAAAAUUUGGGUAUUCUGGAUUUUGAUCCUUUCACUCUGAGCAUAGAUGGAGACAAACUUAGAGGGCGUGGAACUACUGAUUGUUUGGGACAUGUUGCCCUUGUAGCUGAAUUAAUGAGAAGGCUUGGGGAAACAAAGCCUCAACUGAAGUCUACUGUGGUUGCUGUUUUUAUAGCCAGUGAAGAGAAUUCAUCCAUCCCUGGAGUGGGGGUUGAUGCAUUAGUGAAGGAUGGAUUGCUGGACAAAUUAAAGCAGGGACCUCUGUUUUGGAUUGACACAGCUGAUAAGCAGCCAUGUAUUGGUACCGGUGGUAUGAUACCAUGGAAGCUUCAUGUUACUGGGAAGCUUUUCCAUAGUGGUCUAGCCCAUAAGGCUAUUAAUCCCUUGGAACUAGCUAUGGAAGCUUUAAAAGUGAUCCAGUCAAGGUUCUACACAGAUUUUCCUCCCCAUCCAAAGGAGAAAGUGUAUGGAUAUGCAACACCGUCAACCAUGAAACCAACUCAAUGGAAUUAUCCUGGAGGUGGUAUCAAUCAGAUACCAGCUGAGUGUACAGUGUGCGGAGAUGUUAGGUUGACUCCAUUUUAUAGGUAUGCUAUAAACUAUAAUACUAUACUCUUCACUGGUUACCUUAUGGGAUGUUUGACUUUUCCGCGCAGUCAUCUUGAUUGUGCUAAUAUACCUUUUGUUUUCUUACUCCGCAAUUUCAAUCUUUUACUUCAAGUUUUUAAUGAGCACAUUCUCUUUUCCAGUGUUAGUAAGGUAAUGAAGAAGCUACAAGAAUAUGUUGAAGAGCUGAAUACUAACAUAGAGAAGAUUGACACCCGAGGACCUGUUUCAAAAUAUGUUCUGCCAGACGAGGAUCUCAGAGGAAGAUUGACUAUUACAUUUGAUGAAGCAACGUCUGGAGUGGCUUGCAAUCUCGAAUCUCGUGGCUUCCAUGUGUUGUGCAAAUCUACUGAAGAGGUGGUUGGGCAUGUAAAACCGUACUCUAUUACUGGUAGCUUGCCACUCAUACGUGAAUUACAGGAUGAAGGUUUUGAUGUGCAAACUUCUGGUUAUGGCUUAAUGGCUACAUACCAUGCCAAGAAUGAAUAUUGCCUUCUAUCUGACAUGUGCCAAGGCUAUGGAGUCUUUGUAAGAAUCAUUUCCCAGUUGGAAGAUUGAAUCAAGAUCAUAGACAUGGUGCAAACCUGACAAGGCGAGGUUGGUGUAACCUCUAGCCAUGUCAUAAAAUAAUUUCAGUAUGGUUUAUAAUGAAUAUUUAUUCACCUUAGGGUUUAGGAUGCCUGAAAAUUUGCUAUAUUUUGUUUUUCCUUUACCCAGUUAAAGAAUUUGAUGUUUUACUAAUCAAAUAUACCGAGUUUUAUGCGGUUUAUCAAGGAAAUAUUUCUUGAUUUAUUUUUCGUGUCGACAUUACGUUGUGCGGCAAAAGCUACGAAAACAGUACUUAUAAGCGUUGUUUUACAAAUGGGAAAUGCUACAUUGUCAACUUAGUGUACAACUAGGUUGACAACA